AUGGACGUAUAUGUCCAGAUCACAGGUCUGGACUCAGGGAAAACGCGCGGAGUCAAGGCGCUACUCGAUAGCGGCUGCAGUACCUGCUGUAUCGAUACCGACUACGCACGGGCGGAGAAGUUGGAUAUCCAGGAGCUCCCACAACCCAUUGUGGCUCGUAUUGCUGACAACACCGAGAACAUCAACGGGCGGAUCACGCACUAUGUCAACCUGAGGAUGAGAAUCGGUCCUCAUGUGGAGACACACACGUUCCUUCUGAUGUGCUUAGGGAAAGCCCGGAUCUUCAUUGGUCUUGAUUGGCUGACGGAACACAACCCCGAGGUGGAUUGGCAGGAGCAGACAAUGAGAUUCAGUCGAUGCCCAGAGCAGUGUCACAUGAGGGGUCACGAGGAACAUCAAGCGAUGAUUGACAUGGAUGCAAUCGACCUGGACAUGGGCACACCGGAUCUGGAAGAGGGGGAAUCGAUCCUGUUGGUUGACUUUGGGAAGGAAGUGGACCUGCGGCUGAAGGAAACGCCGGCGCAGAAAUUCGCAGAGGAAGCAGAAAAGGAGAAAGAGAGAAUGACCAAAGGAAGGAUUCCGGAUCAAUAUCGGGAAUUUGUCAAGGUAUUUGCCAGAGAAUCGUUUGACUCACUACUAGACCAACGGGCAUAG